AUGAUUGAUACGGAGAACCUCCGGACGGCCUCGUUGUACAUCAACAAUCAGCUGCUCUCGAGAGGCCUGAUCAGAGAUGGCCACGACAUUAAUUUCGCAGACUUUGGAGAAAGAGGACUUGGAAGCCCUCACACCGCAAGCCGAAUCAUCGGUGUAUUGAAUGAUCUGAUCAUUCGACGGGAUCGCGACGCAGAGCAGCGCGAGUCCUUCUCGACAACAGUUCUCAAUCUUCGAGCAGAGAACUUAAAGCACACGAAUGACAUUGCCCGGUUGUCAGAGAGAUGCGCCGAGGCACAACGAAGGAGCGACAUCGCAGCGACCUCCGAGGCGAAUCUCAAGACGCAGCUCAAAUCGGCCGAGUCGGCCAUGAAGGGGCUUAAAGACGAGCUGGCACGGACAAAAGGAUUGGUAGCUCAGGUGCGAGCAUCAUGCGCAACCGAGAUACGGAGGCGUGAUCGCCAAAUCGAGACCCUCAAGAAGCAAGUCGGCGAGGCGGGCCGUGCCAGAGGGACAAAGUCUAGCUCUGGAAUCCUGUCAAUUACAGUGACGGGAGAUAUGGAUAGUGAAGAGAAGAGAUCAUCCAUGCGCGGAGGAAACCUCGAGGACAAGGACUAUUCUUUGCGCAGCGAGACGAACAGUUUCUUGGCGAGUUUGGCACAGAAUUUGAGCGACGAAAAUGAAACUCUCUUGAGAGUCGUGCAGCAGGCGAAAGACCAUUUGCGAGAAAUGAGCGGCUAUAUCGGCGAAGGUAAAGAGGAUUCUGAGGUGGUAAAGCCUCAAGGCUGGGAGGAGAUGACAGCGGAGCUUGGUGCUGUGAUCAACCACAUGAGAAACAUCUUGACGAACCCAUCGUUUGUGCCGAUCGAAGAGGUUAUGAUGCGAGAGGAACAAAUUAACAGUCUCAAGGAGGCCGUGCUUAAAAUGGAGAGCCGAUGGGAAGAUACUGUCCUUUUGAUGGAUGGUUGGCGGAAGAGAAUGGCGACAACCGGCACGCCUAUUGGGGAGGAUGAUAUUAUGAUGGGAUUGCACUUGAGCCCAGUUCGUGUCUCUGGUGUCGAGGAAACGAGAGCCGCUCGUGAGCCUAAACUACCAGCCGUUGAGGAGGAGGAAGAGCCUGAGGAAGAUAUAUAUGGUGAUAGUGAUGACGAAUUCAGUGGCUUCUCUGGCGAUGGCGACAACGACGACAACGACGACAACGACAAUGAUGUGCUAGCUUUUGAAUAUGACGCUGAAGAGCAGGAUGACCCCAUGUCAGGAAUAGAAGAGACCGCAAUGGAAAUCGACGAUGAACCGCAAUCUAUAGAGCCUCAGCCUGCCCCCCUUCAAAAUUCUUCCUCAGCAGGCAAUCGUGGUCCUCAACAGAGCACACUCCGGCAAAAGCCUAGUGGCUCUGCUUCCACCGCAGCAAGGGGGGCACAACAACUAGCUGGAGCAGCCAAUACCGAAACGGCCAAGCAGAUACCCGAAGAGGGGAUCCGUAUGGAGUCUACAACAUCUCUAGACGAAGCUCCUGAAGAACAUACUCCUUUGAGAGCCGGGCCUUUCGUUGGUGCUGCUUCCAAAGCGGGCAAUUUACGCUCAGACCCUCGCCGCAUACCCGUUCGGUUAACGCAGCCUCGGCCAAAUGGCGCGCGGCCUCAGCCUACUUCACCAUCCAAAACUGCCAUUGCUGCUAAGCUUGCGGCUUCAGAAAAGCAAGCUGAUGCCGCCCGCACCCGCGCAAAGCUCAGAGCUCUCCACACUACCGGAGGUGCUCAAAGGCCGACCAUAGCCUCUGCGGCGGGAUCAUCGAAGCUACCAGCAGCGAGGACGGGCGCUCCAGCAAUAAACAGCGCAAGGGGUUUGAGUCCGGCAAAGCGAGAAGUUGUGCAGCCGGAAACACAGCAGCCGGAGACACGCAAGAGAGACAGAAGGGUGGCUAAAGUCUCGUCGAGGCGGAGGAGCACACUUAGUCCCUUUGAACUGCAAAGUUUGAUAUCCGGCAAUGUUGAAUGA